CGCGACGACCGAAAGGUUAAAAAUUUGCCCGAUACACCCUAAUGUAGGCAAUUUCUCUUAAACAAGCACAUUAUUCGAGAUUAUAUGGUUUUAUAAGCAAUGAACUGUAUUUGCUAUGCUGUAUGGUAUCAAAAAUAAGUUCAGUAGUUCAUACUUGAGCUCACACAACAUUUUAAACACUAAAGGUUAACAUGUAGGCCAAUUGAUUGUUUAGCACAAACAUUUCUACAUGUAUUGCCUACAUCUUCAAAAACUGUGAAUAUUUCUAUGCCAAACUGACCCUAAUAAAAAUGAUAAAGCUCACAAUCAAUUAGACAUCUGUAAACUAGAAAACCUGGAACAGCUGAGGUGUCAAUGAAACCUUCAGCAUUCUGGAAGGAAAUAUUCUUUGAUACCGAGCUGAUCAAAUUCACCCCAGUGAUCAAUUUGCCCCCGGAUUACGGUAUUGGCAAUACUCAAUUGCCAAUUCCACGCAAUAUUCAGACAUUUAACAGUCUAGUUUAGAAUUUACCGCUUCGCAUUAUCUAUACUACCGUUUUCAUAAAACAUAGUCUCCAGCUCAUGGACACAAACAGCACAGAGCGUAUCUCUCGUAACAGACAAUGCCUUUUCCUUCCCAUUGGCUAUUGCGUAGCACUAAACACACCGUGCCCUUUUCGGCCAGCCUCAAUUUUAAUAUAAUUGAUGACGCGCACAGUUGUGCACUUCAUCUCUUCUCCACAUUGUUAGUCCCUUGAACGAAAGUCCCUCUCCCAUCCAUGCUGAUGUUAUGGACGAGACCUCACCGCACAAUCUGUGGAUGAUCUUUCACUAAGCUCCCUUGGCUCGAGAGGCGCCCAUCCAGUGACCGCCGAGAGUCGCAGCUGCCAACAACACAAAACUUUUCAAGGUACCUAGAAGAGCUGUUAACUGUGGGAUUCGUCAAAAACGGAUUCCAUCCAGCCGCUGCCCUUCUACCCCACCGUUCCGGUACCGUCCCUCGACUUUCAGCACCUUCAGGGUUGCGCAUUCCAACGAAUACAAAACCCGCGCGCGCGAAUUGAGUGUCCACCAAGAGGUUCAUCGCCUGUUGUUGCUUCCCUUUUACAAGUCACUCUUGCUCUCUCUUUCCCUCGCUCUCGUGCUGUUCAGCAACGUCGUUUUCCCUCCGCGUGUUCGUCAGCUCGCUCACAAUUCGAUGGCCCCUAAUGGCCUAAAAUGAUCACACCUUCGAAGUAGCUGCCAAGAGAUGAUGUUUCCCAAGAGCAAGAAGACCAAUUGCUGACUGCUCCCAGCUGGAAACGAAGAAAAGCCCGAAAACGAAGAUAAUCGAGUGGAGAAAAACAACCAAAUAUUUUCGAAACGAGCAAACUACUGACUGACUGGCAAAGGUCCCGAGGAGCGUUCGUCCAUCCAUCGGCCAUCGAGAAGAAGGGAGGAGGUCUCGACGAACCGACGAGGAGAGUGACGAGAAAAACGAGUGUGCGUGUAUCUCUACCCUAUACAGUACAGUGGGAACCGAAGAAAAACGCUCAAUCGGUCAAAAUCAGUUAUUUCCAAUCGCUUUCGACCCUGCAAGAGGCUCCCUAUACAGUGUAUCUAGUAUUAAUUAAAUUGCUAUCGGAUCCGGAAGUUGACGACAGUGCCUGGAGGUAACGAGCUUAUCAAUCUCGUUGUGCCGAGUGAAAAGUGACCACUUCUCGUCGAGUGAAAAUGAAUCAUCUCAAGUGAUACCGUUUGAAGAGAGAUUGUUUUUUGUUCCAAAGUUUUCUUUCCUAUGAGUGAUUAGUGAAAAAACGUAGUUGAAAUGCUAAUACGACAACGGAACAUUUCAGCGAAGGCAAAAAGCGUUGUUCAAGCAUGGAUUAGUUGUGCUCGUGGACAUGUCAAUCGGAUAAAGCAGAAAUUGGUUUGGAUUGGAAUCGGACAGCCGGACAGCGCACGUCACUACCGGAACAGGACCUGAGCAAUGAGCAGUGCGCGAAGGGUGUUCCAUGUUAUCAUCGUUUGGUUUAUUUUGAAAGUUGUUGGAAGAAUCCUCUGCAUGCCGGAUGUCCGUGCCACAUGCCGCACGGUGCCCGGUUUGACGCGCGAACAGCUGGAACUUUGCUACAGGGCAAGCGAUGUGACGGCCGCGGCCAUCGAGGGACUGGAGCUGGGAGUACGCGAGUGUCAGCAUCAGUUUCAGUGGCACCGGUGGAACUGCUCGUCGCUGAGCACCAAAAGUCGAAACCCGCACACGUCCAGCAUGCUGAAACGAGGUUACCGUGAAAGUGCGUUCGCAUACGCAGUUGCCGCCGCCGGUGUGACCCACAGUGUGGCCCGUGCCUGUGCCCAGGGCCGACUGAUAUCGUGCGGUUGUGAUCCGUCGGUCAACCGGAAGGGAAUGACCAAAUCUCUGAGGGAAAGUUUGGAGAAGGAAAAACUGCGCUUCCUGGAUGCGAUCAACGAGAACAGCAUUCUGGUGGACGACAGUCUGAAGAAGCUGAAAACCAAACAGGCCAGCCGGUGGAAAUGGGGCGGCUGCUCGCAUAAUAUGGCAUUCGGGGUGGAGUUUUCCGAGCUGUUUCUGGACACCCGGGAGAAGGGCGGUGACAUCCAGUCGCAGAUCAAUCUGCAUAACAACCAUGCGGGCAGGAGGGCCGUCUCCAACAACAUGCAAGUCCGCUGCAAGUGCCACGGAAUGUCCGGCAGUUGUCAGCUGAAAACAUGCUGGAAGUCGGCUCCGGACUUUCGCGUCGUCGGCAAGGUACUGAAGCAGCAGUAUCGUCGGGCGGUGCUCGUCGAUCAGUCCAAUCUCGGCAACGGGCCACCGAUGAUUGUCUAUCACAAACCAAAGAAACGGAAACACGUCAACAAUGUUCGUCCUCCUCGGCGUACCAAGGACAAAGGACAGCAACAGCAACAGCGACACUUAAUUCCCAUAAGCCGCGCCAACCGCAAGAUGGAGAACGCCCUGUUCUACUACCAAAGAUCGCCCAACUUUUGCGAACGGGAUCAGGUGUCCGAUAUACCGGGAACCGUCGGUCGCCGGUGCAACAGAACCAGUGUCGGCAGCGAUGGGUGCGCAUCGAUGUGCUGCGGCCGGGGCUACAAUCUGAUCCGCGAAAAGCGAGUUGACCGAUGCAAUUGCAAAUUCCACUGGUGCUGCUACGUAGAAUGCGACGAUUGCGAAAUCGAAGAAUGGAUUAGUGUGUGCAACUGAGACCCGAUUCAAUCGAUAUAGGUACCUACAACCCGGUUGACAUUCCGCUCGACGAUCGAAUGCAAUGGGUAUCAUGUUGCGAGAUAAUUGUUGGAAUUGCUUUGGGAUCCGCAGAUAUGAGCUGAUAUCGAAAUGCGCGAAAAAAUAUAGACUCUAAUUGCAACCGCGUGCGUCGAAUGUCGAAGAUUGAGGACUUGAAAGCGAUCGGUUCGAAGAAGGAUAAAAGUGAUUGCAUACGUAUUGCCCCCUAACCGGAGGCUGCAUUGGCGGCUAAUCCAGUCGAGUCGAAUGUGUGAUGCAAGUCAAUUUUAUGUGUGUAACUGCGGUAGAAAGCAAUCUAUGUGACACUAAUUAAUGUUUGAAUAAAAUAUUUCAAACAAGCACAAACGUCGAAUUAAGCGAACUUUGCGUAUUCUAUCGAACAGUAUUAGAGACCAUAGAAUGCGGGGACAGAUUGAUGGGAAUCCAGCCACCUACUAAUAGUGUUAUAGCUAAACGUAAUUAUUGUACAUUUAUUAGUGAAACCGUGUAUCGUAUUCAACUGACCUCUUAUUUAAGUUAAUUAGUUUUAUUUAUUUGUUCCGCCUGUACCUGUACAUACACUGAAUUGGCGAUUCGUGAUCUGAGCAUAGAAGGGGGACAGGAGCACAAGGAGUUGCGCUCCUUAGUCUCCAGUAAUGACAACGAAUAGUGUUUAAUGAAUGGUUGCUAUAACUUUAAAGGAAUUGAACUAACUUCUCGUGAACCAAUGUAGAUCAACCGAGAACAUAUUAUGAAAUGAUUCUUCAAAUAAAGAUCAGUGCUUAAACUA